UAAUACAACACAACUUGCUCAAAAAAAAGCUUUUAUUUAACUGUUUAAGAGAUAAAGAAUUGCGUAUAUAAUAAUCCACCACGUAAAAUAAUAAUAAAAUACAUUUCUGCUAGUUAAAAAAAAAUAGAAAUAUUUGGGCGCUUUGAAUUAUUUGAUAAUUGCAACAUUGUGGACAUUUUUUUAUGCAAAUCAGAGUUUGGAUUAUAUUAAAUUAACAAAAUUGCGACACUCAUUAUGACGCCAGCACACACGGAUUCGCCACUACGACGAUCCGAGGCUGGUGUAUUUCGCGAUGGUGUUCAAAACGUACUCGUCAAUGAUGACGAAGAGGAGCGUCGUCAGGCCCGUCGUCGAACAUUACUUCGAGAGAGUGGAGCUUCAACGACGCUAGAAGAAAGUGAAACGUUGAAGAAAUGCCUUGAGAUCUACAACGGAAAUAAGCUGAGUAAAGAUAAUGCUUGGUCGUUAUCACUGAUCGAUACACUGUCUACGUUGAUGGACAAGCAUCACAAAUCAAUGAAUAACUUUAAAGUAGCUGGUUCAUCAUUAGAAGCAUCGAGCAAGGUUUAUGGUUUGCGAGUGGACUCGAUACACACCGAUGUGAUGCGGAUGUCCGCGGGACUGAAUGCACAUAAAUUCUCCAACAGAGCUCAGGGACAAGAUGAUGACGAUGACACACCAACUGGGCCAGAAGCCAACGAGGGUGGUGAUCAAGACGCAGAGAACCCCACAGAGGCGGCAUCAGCCCCAAAGCAAACUAAGCCUAAAAGAACCCGAAAACAAGUUUCCACAGUAACCAAGAACAAAGAAUCUUUAAAUGCCCGUCUGGAUACAGUGCCUCUAACCGAUCCAGUAUUUGGUAAACUAAACUCAAUAGUGGGCAGCAUAAAUAGUUCAAAUCGCUUACUUAACAACAUUCUUCCAUCAAUCGAUUCUGAGUUGCGAUUGAGAUCGGACUUCCAAUUCUGGGAUGGCAGCACUAUUGAAGUAAUUAAUUAUACCGAAGUAUUUGACUUAACUGACCAAACCACAAAGCCAUGUGGAAAACUUGUCGAAAUUAGUUUUGAGGAAUUACAGGUGCGCCCAAUGCACUCUGGGUAUAUUAUUUCAGAUACACCAGAAGACAUCGAUGAAGAGGCAGAUAAAGAGAACCGUAAUGACUCACCAUCUGGGGUAUUCGAAGAUGAUUUCAAUCACGAACUAGCUUUUGACAUUAAUGCUGAUGUAGAACCUAUUCCAUUAACUGCUCAAAGAGCAACUAUGGUUGAUGUCGAUUUUGGAGACUUCGAAGAGCUGACCAAUGAGGAGCGCGGUGCAAUAAAUCAAUGCAGAGGAUUACGCAAGGCAGCAGUACUCAUAGAAGACCUUCGACCGGUAGACGCUUCGUCCAAGCUGGAAUAUUCAUAUAGGCCUUUAGAUAAAAUAAGUCAGUUCUGGGCUGGCCCUUCACAUUGGAAAUUUAAGAAAGCUCGGACCCGCAGUAGUGUGAUAGAUCCACAUCGGUUCAGUCAACAACCGGAGGGAAACAAACAACAGAAUGCUCGUUCUCGAACAAAGCAACGCCAGUCUAAGCACAUAAACUUUGGGGAGUUUCAUGACGAUCUUUUUAUCAAGUUGGAUGAUAAAUUCAAGUCUCGUAAGGCCAACGUACAGAAAAAAUGGGACGCUCGUAAACUUAAACUUCCCACAGAUCUUCAAAUCGAUCCGAAUAUGUUUAACCAAUUCCGUUUUGCGCCUGGCAUUCCAGUUGAAGAAGAUGCAAUCGAAUCACAGAUACCAAUUCUUCAGACUGAACCAGCAUGCGAUGACUUUGGUGAAGAUGAAGCCCAUCAUGGGGAUGAUGAUAAUUUAAGAGACGAUUCAGUCUUAAAUCCGAGCGGUGGGGAUAUAUUUGAUGGAAUUGGUGGAACAGUUCACCACGCUGAAAAUCCGAAUGCAAACUUUAUGCCAACUCAAGACGGAGAGGCAGAUCAGACGAUUCUGGAAAUCGCUACAGAUUUUGAAGGAGCUCCAAGUCAGGUUACAAAAAUUAUUGUACCUUUUGCAAAGCGUGCGAAAGUCAUUGAUAUGAAAAAUUUGAAAAAGUGUUGCACCCAUCUUAUGCGUCAUCAAAUGAGCAAAGAAUUUCAUGGUACCAUGCCCGAGUUAACUAUACCCAAAGACGAAGAAUAUGCUCCUGGAAUGGCGAGUUUCCAGGAUAUCUAUACUCAUUUACCAGACGUUCUCACUCCUAAUAUGGCCGAAGCACUUUCGCCAUCCGUUGCAUUCUACUCAAUAUUACAUUUAGCAAAUGAUCUUAAUUUAAGGCUGAUUCCACAAGCAGAUUUGAAUGAUUUCAAAAUUCGACAGGUGCUUUAGCUAUAAACGAAGUGAUUGUCUUCGUAUAUUCAAAUUAUUGUCAUUUAGAUUUUUUUCCUUUCACCCAUUUUGUAAUUCACGUUAGAAAUAUAAUAUCAUAAAUAAAAAAAUACAAAAGCUGAGUUUAG